GGUUGGUAGCAGCUUGGUAGUUGGUAGGCGUGAAUCUAACAUGGUGAAUCGAAAACGCAUAUGAAUGGUAGUGAAUGGCAGUCUGACUGUUCAGAAAAGGAGGUAUUUUUACUUGUUUAAAAUGAAGGAAAUAAAUUAAUACGGGAAUUAAUCAAUACGCCAUAUGUGUAAGGUUUACUUAAAAUAUAUUGUGAAAAUAUGGCAGAAUCUGUUGGACCAAUACUUCAUGUGAUUGUAGUUGGAUUUCAUCACAAAAAAGGAUGUCAAGUAGAAUAUUCAUUUCCUCCUCUGGUGCCUGGUGCUCCAAAUGAAUGUCCAUUAGGAUGGAAAUACUUGCCAACUCUUGCUUUACCAGAUGGAUCUCAUAAUUAUGACGAAGACACAGUUUACUUCCAUUUACCUAGUCUGAAUGAUAUAAAACGCACGAUAUAUGGUAUUUCGUGUUUUAGGCAAAUCCCUGUUGAGAAAUUGAAGAAUCGCACAUCCGAUAUAACAAGGGGAACUGUACAAAAAUCUGUUUGUGUGUUAAGCACAUUACCAUUAUAUGGUCAUAUUCAAGUAAAAAUGGCAUUAAUAACACAUGCAUACUUUGAUGAAGGUGAUUUCAGUAAAGUGUCGUUACUGGAAGAUACUUAUCAUCAUCUUAAUUCUUGUAUGAGUAGCGAAAGUCAGAUACCGCCACAAGUCUUUGUUGGAUUAUCUGCAAGAGACUUUAUUCUGCAAUUUCGUCAUAAAGUUCUUCUGUUAUUUAAACUACUCCUGCUAGAAAAAAAAAUAGUGUUCUAUCAAUCACCUGUUCAACCAUUGUGUGCAGCAAUAUUGACAUUAUUAUCGUUGUAUCCGGGUAUGAUUGAACAUGGCUUACAACAAGCUGCUUAUGUUAGACCAUCUAGACCCAUGUCUCCUAUUCCAUCGUUUGAUGACGAAGAAACAUCGAUAAACAAAGUUGAUAACAAUGUAUCCUCCAUAAAUUCUGUUAAAGAUAACAUAUCAGAUACACUGAAAGAACAUGUUAAUGGUAAUUCUAAUAAAAAUUCAUUGUGUAUAAAUGAUAAUAAAUCUGUUGAAACCAUGGAAGACAAAUUCAUAGAUGGAUUUAGAGAUAUGACUUUACAAAAGAACAACAAUGAAAACGAAAAUUUAAAUAUAAAAGUUAUCGAGGUUGAAUCUGGGCGAGAAUGUACCGAGGCAUAUGGAGAAGAAAAUAAUUCUAUAUAUUCUGAGAAACCAAAUGACUAUGUACACAGAGUACAAAGUGUAACUACCAUUACAUUAGGUACAACAGAUACAGACAAUACUCUACCACGUGAUACAAGUAACGAUGCACUUUCAGACGCACGUUUAACAAAUAAUAUUACUCAAAUUGCUCAUAUAAAUCCAGAACUUUGUGGCUUACCUUUAGAUCUGUUUACAAAGGGUUAUUUAUGUUUACCAUAUCUGUCCUUGCCAUAUUUGGAUCUUUUGGCAGAUAUUAAUGUUAGAGGAUACAUAGUGGGAGUAACAAAUAUUUUAUUUAAGCAAAAAAAGCAACUUAUGGAUGUAUUAGUAGAGGUUGACAUUACACGGAUAGAAACAACUGAUCCAGAAUUGAGAAGGCAACUACAUCUAACAACAGAAGAUCUGAGAUUUGCCGAUUACAUAGUUAGACAUGUAGCAGAGCCUCGUAAAGAUAUUUUCCUGGAUGGUGUGGGAUGGGAAGGUGGAGAUGAAUGGAUUAGAACUCAAUUUCGUGUCUAUUUACUGAGUAUGUUGCGAACAUCCAUGCAACAAGAUACUCGUCAGUCUGAUCAUUACAACUCUGCAUUUAUUGCUGCUUGGCGUUCCACAAAUAACUAUAAAAUGUGGAGUAGUUCUAAUAAACCAGAAAUUAAUAAUAUAGAACCUGGCCAUCCAUUUGCAGGACAAUUAUCGGUACAAGAUAUGAAAUUGCGGUUAUCACAUACAAUGCAAAAUACAGAAAGUGGUAGAAAGUUAAAUCAAGCAAUGGCAUCAACUGGAAGAGCAGUUGCAACAACAGGAAAAGCUGUAGGUGGUGCACUUUCUCAAGCCAAAGGUGCAUUCUCUAAUUGGUGGAGUACGUUAACUACAGUUCAACCAGCAGAGGAAGGAAAAGGUGACAAUCAAACUCCAAAUAUACAUGAAACAUUUUCAACUAUGACUAAUAAUACUACUAUAAAAGACGAAGAAAUAAAUGUAUCAACAAAUAACACGAGUCUAGAAGUUGUUGUAGAUUAAUGUAGAAAACAGCAAAAUUUUAGUCAUUAAUUACAGUGGCUAUAAGAAACUUUUUUAAGACCAUAUGUAAAAGUGAUCCUACACCUAUUCAUACUUUGUAAGAUGCUAAUGUAUAAAACAAGGAGGUUAUGUAUAACCGAACAAAAUUCAGGUAAGAACAGAAGAAAUAGUUGCAAAAUGAAUAGUAUACUUAAAUAGCGAGCUUGACCGAUGUAUUAAUGUGAUAGUUUUUAUUAACAUUUUGCAUUAAUAGGUUGUGUAAUAUGUAAUAACUUUUUUUAUCAUUCUUUUGUUGUUCAAACAGAGAGAAAUUAAUUUUAUUUAAUUAAAUGUAGUUUACUAAAGAUAUAUAUAUAUAUAUAUAUAUAUAUAUAUAUAUAUAUAUAUAUAUAUAUAUCUAUUAUGAUUUUAUUUGCACAGAAAGAUACUCUUAAUUGAAAAGUACCUGCAUCAUUAUCUUUUGUAUAUAGAAAUAUUGAGAAAAUAUGUAUGUAUAUCCGAAAAUUCCUAUCAAUUCAAAAAUUUUCUUUAUAAUCAUUUGAGUAUUAUUGCAAAACAUUCAAAUGUACGAUUUAAAUAUAAUUUAAAAAAUGUUUACUUCUAUUGUUUAAAAUCGAUAAUACUUUUAUAUACUUUUAAAUGUUUUAUACUUAUAAAACAUCGAUGUAUUAGCGUGCAGUCUAUAAUAUAAAAAUUUCUCUGUGUGACGUAAUUAUUCAAAACAUGGAAUACUAAUUUCAAUAUACCGGAACUUAUUGUGGUAUACAGAUCAGACAAAAAUUACAAAAAUGUUACUAUAAUAAUAAUUUCUUCUUAGAAGAAAAUGUUUAAGAAAUGUAUUACAGUUUCAUAACUUCCAAAACAAAUGAUUGUAAUUUGUUAUUUGUAAUUUAUUAGAAACUUAGAUUCUAUACUUGUAAUAAGUAUGCAGGUCUAUUUAUAAUAUAAUAGAUUAGUAUGUGUUAGUAUACAAUGAAUAAUAUACUAUAUUUCAUUAAAGUAGGAAAUGCAUUUUCAAAUUAUUUUGCUUUCUCGAGAGAUACUGAAAUUUUUAUUUAUCUAUUUUUUUUUUUUUUUUUUUUUUCUAACAACUCAGAUUUAUAUAUUAAAUUUAAGAAAAUUGGACCGUCAUUAAUGUGAUAUUUUCUACAAUGCAAUAAAAAUGCAUUACCUACUAGUAGACUUUAUUCCACAGUGAAGAUUUAUUAUACAAUAUAUUGAUAUGAAAUAUUUAAACGAUUAGGAGUUAUAUGUAGCAAUUGUAUACAUUAAUUUAUUUUAAAACAUAAGUAAUUUAGUAAUUGUGAUAUUUUAUUUUUAUUCAUCGAUACUUAAAGAACAAGCUGUAAACACGACAUAGUAGUUUCUGCAAAAAUGAAUAAUAGUUAUAUUUAUUUAAAUAUUUAAGUAUGUGAAACAUGUUGAUAUAAGUCUCACGAGUUAUAGGGAUUUACACAAAAUUCAUUGUUAUAGGAAAUUUCUUAGUGUUUAUAGAAACCAGAAGUUUAAAUGAUGAAAAUUGAUUAAUUGGUAUAACUGUUAUAGAGAAUCUAAAAAAAGUGUACUAAUAUUAGUGUUCUAAUAUCAAUUUUUGUAUCGGUUGCAUAUCUGUUCUAUAAUAGUUCUGAUAUCAAUUUAUUAGAUAAUGAAACUCUUUUAAUCACGUCUAUAUGGUAUUAGUGAGUAAUAUAAAUUUUUAACAAAAUUGCUAGAUAUAUACAUUUUUCAAUUUCAUAAAUACAUAAAUAUACGUACAAAUCUACGAGCUCGCCAAAUUUUUCAUCAUAUUACACUAAUACUAUUGUAUAUGUGUAACAAACUAUUUCAGUUUCUAAGAAAUCAAUAGGUUCUCAUUUUUUAGUUCUUUAUAACAGUUAUUUUAUAUGUGCAAUGGUUCUUUAUAAAUAUUUCACCAAGAAGCUUUAUAUAACAAUGUGAAAUAGUUAUUUAUAGGCAGAUUUCAAACACCGAUAUAAACACAAAAUGUUUAUAUGAUAAAAUUGUGUUCUACUAGUCAUCGUAUACGUAUUAUACAUUUUAAGUAUGUUACACUGAAAUUUGUUUUAUAAAGUAUGUAGAAUAAAACUUACAUCUUAUUAAUUGUUAUUUAAGUAUGAAACAGGGUUACAUAAAUGUGGUACAUGAAAUGCAUUUUAUAUUUAACACAACAUUUGUUUAUAUCUAAGCUUGAUUCAUUACAUAAAUAUCAUCUAUCAUAAAAUUUUUAUUUUGCUGUUUUCCCAUAUUUAAAUUUGUUAACAUUAAUGAAUAUUUAAUUAAUGAAAAUUAAUAAUACAGUUUGAAUAUGGAUGUAUGUAUAAAUAUGUUUAACAUUUAUACAUACAUACAAACAUUUUCUGUGGAUUUUGAAUUGUAAAUGCUAUCGUGUUUACAUAACAUUUGAUCAGAAAAGUAAAAAGAAAAUAAAGGAUUGAGAAUGAUCUCUACAAGACUUUAAUUUUUAUUUAUACCAAAAUCAAAGAUGAUAUUAAUUGUUGAUACAUUUUUGUUACUUACAAUUAGUUUGAUAUACAUAUUUUCUAUGUUUGUAAAACAAAGGUAUGCAAAUAUUUAUAUAACAAUAGAAGUUAUUUAUUAUUUGCCAUAUGACUGUGUUACAUAAUUAUAAUGGCGCAACUCGUUAGUUUUUAUUUCAUAAAAUGUUAAUGUUGUUAAAGGAAAAAAAGUAAACUUUUUUUGUUUUUUUUUUUAUGGUCUAGAAUUUUGUAAUAAUAAAUGACACUAUUCGAAA